AACUAUCGCUCUCACCAAGUAUUCCUUUGCAGCUGGAAAUUUAGUAACGCUUUCAAUUUGCAUACAUGUGUAUGUAGAUAUGUUUCUUAUGUAGUUCUUUGAUUUUCGAAAUGGUAAUAACACAUAUUUUACUUACAAUAUAUCUCAGCAUUUUUGGCGAGAGAAAGUAUAUGGGCGGAAGUGCCAGCAAUGGCAACAAUUGCAAAAGUGCAAAUGGUGAAAAUUGAUUUCAUAGUGAUUUCCGGUAGAACGUAUUGUCUGGAAAAUUUUACUCAAAUGCAAAAUUUUAAUGUCCAACAGAGAACUGUUAAGCUGUAUGUGAAAACGACUACUUUUAUGUUUAUGUAACAAAUCAAGCGUCAAGUAAUCAUGUAUUUAACUGAUAAGCACGAUUUUGGGAAAUAUAUUAGUGUUAAGCCCUUUAUUCUGCCGUCGUUUAGCAAACCGGUAAGUAUAGAACUGGUAACAUAACGACAAAAUAAUGUAUCAUAUGCGAAUUGACAGAAAAAAAAGUAUAUUCACACAUGUACAUGCAUACGUUAAAAUAAUUGGAUAAAAUUUCAUCUAGGUACAAAAUUUGAAUUUCCAUCAAGUGAUCUCAAAUUUCCAGUCGAGUAUGGGGAGCUAAUUGAAGCCUUGCAGGAGGAUCUCAAAUUGGAAUUCCAAUGACAGACUUUAGAACAAGAUGAAACUUGACUAAAUCCAAUUAAACCAAUAUGGGUUGAAAAAACUUGUUUGCUCGCUCCAUCACUCACUCACUUUUACACCAGUUUGUUCAAUUCUCACAAAUUGCACUUUGUCUCCCGACUACUGUUCCUUUCAGACUUUGUUGUGACUUUUUUUUUGAACUACCAGUGGUUAAUAAGUUUCCACAUUUACGUAAUGGCUAGACAUAACUCCGAUAAAGAAAAUAACGACGUUGCAAAAAAUAGAAAAAUUGGGAAGAGGAGCAAACUUGUAAAGAAUGUACCAUGUCCUCUCUGUCCAGCGAAAUGCACAACUCUGAAAGCACUAGGCACUCAUCGUUACUUGCAUCACAACGGGACGGAAGCUGAGAGGAAAGAGAGAGCGGACAAGAAACGGAAACAAGCCGCGGCCACCAAUAAGAAAACCCACGUAGCCUCAUUUUGCAACGACAAGGAUAAGUUGGAUGUUUUCAAAGGGGAUAUAAAUCAAACAGCCCCUAUCGAUGAUCAAGAAGAGGAAUUCAUAAGGUUGGCAGAGAAACAAAGAAGUGUCGUCCAGUCGUACUAUCAAAAUGUAAUUUUGAUAGUACCAGCAACAGUAGGAGAGGAGCAAUUGGAUGGGUUCUUUGGUGUUGAGAAUGGACCACAAUGCUCGGCAUAUGUUGGAACGUCUGCUGCACCCGGUGGGUGCAACGUUCACCAAACCAUUUUGUCGAGAAGUAUUUCAGGACCUGCGAAGAUGCUAUUGGAAAAGAAUGAUGAUGGAACCAACAAAUACCAUGCAUUUCUUCAGGACAUUGAAAUAAACACGGGUAUUAGUAAGGAGACUAACCAGAAAGCGGCGUUCAAAUGGGAAAGCUUUCAUACCUAUUCAGCAGCAGGCCAACGCAAAACCAAGACCGAGACGCUCAAAGUUGUCUACUUGAACGAGGUCAUUGAGACGGAAGAGGGCAAGAAGGGUGGACUGUCGUUGCCGCAAAUCAGGCGAGCGUAUAGGCUUGGAAGAUCCGGUCACUGCAUCAUCGGACCACAACAAGAAUUUGAAGGAAUACAAAUUCGAUUCCCUCUACGUGAUCACCAGGGUCAACUACUGUUCAAACCAUUCACAACUGACUUGGCUGACAACUUGAAUUGAAAUUUUAAUUUUAAUUUCUCUUCUCAUUUUCUGUUGUUGGGUUUCAUGUUUAUUCUUAUCUUCUCAUGCAUGCAAAAAAUACGUCAAUGCUAAAUUACGAUUGAUUACGCAAAUUAUUGGGUCUCCUUAUUAAUGAGUAACAUGUUCAAACACGUUUGUGCUGAUGACCGAUGACUCAGAACUACUUACGAUUAGCACCAAAAUUAAUAAUGACGUUGUCCAGAUAAACGUUAGUAUUAAAUACUUUAAAUAUCUUGAGGCGUGCAAUAAUAGAACAAAAUGAUUAAGAGCAGGAAAUCAUUGAUUGAUACAUUUGUAUGCUGGAUAUCUCUGUACGACUCACAAUGAAGGUCUGUAAAAUUUACAGACUUUGAGGCGCGUUUUCUCCUCUUCAGGUGAAAAUUUGCAUAUAUCUCUCAUACUAAUUAUUCGGAGUCAGUACACCGAAUGGAAUAACACAUGGUAAAUAUGUAGAUGUAUAUUUUUGUUUAAUUAGAUUUGAGGGACGACGAUCCAAGUAAAAAUUAGAUAGGUGCAAACAACAUGAGAACAUUACAUAUGUAGUUUGUCAUGAAGCGAAAGAAUGGCAAUUGAUCUUAGAUAUAGAUAUAUAUACAUGUA